ACUCUUCUUAUCUGCGACUUCCAGCAUGCGUACGAUUCACUUCCACCGACCCAAGCACCACUUGCCCGACAAGUAAUAAUAAGAAGCCCACCAUGGCCCGCCUUUCGGCAUCCAACUCCGCGGCUGCCAGCAGCGCCAACGGUCACAUUUCGGCUCCUUCAACCGCAACUUCGGCAGAUCCAGCAUCAUUGCCAUCUACCUCACACAGCAAUGUCGGCGACUCGAAGCCCGUAGAAGAUGACAUCCCGGACACGGACUGGGAGGACGAAGCGGUCGAUACAGCGCCUUUGCCCAUGGACGACACUCUCUUUCCAGGAGGCACUCGCGACCUCUCCUACAUAGGGGUUCAAGCUUUCUUCCUGGGAACUGUCUUUGCUGCUGGCAUAUCAGGGACGAUCACAGCAGUUGUCCUGGGAUCCGCGUGGUGGCGCCUUCCAGCCUUCGCAACGAGUCUCGCGCUCUUCCAUUUCUUGGAGUACUUCACCACUGCUCGAUACAACACUCCGGCACUGCGAGCGGAGAGUUUCCUGCUGUUCAACAAUGGCAGAGCUUACCAAGCCGCUCAUGGAUGUGCAACAUUGGAGUUGAUCGUCAGUCGCUUCUUUCCCCAAUAUGGCCAGACAUUCGUCAACCCUCUCACCAUCGCCCUGGGCAUUGCUUUAAUCGUUGUCGGCCAGCUCGUUAGAAGCCUUGCAAUGGCGCAGGCCGGACCAAGCUUCAACCAUGUAAUCGCAAGGGAGCACAAAGAGCACCACAAGCUUGUAACUCACGGCUUGUACUCCAUCUUCAGACAUCCCAGCUACUUUGGCUUCUUCUGGUGGGCCAUCGGAACGCAAUUCCUGGUCGGCAAUAAGAUCUGUUUGGUGGGAUACAUCAUCGUUUUGUGGCAAUUCUUCUACAGACGUAUUCAGGGCGAGGAGAAGUUUUUAGUCAACUUCUUCGGCGACAAGUACAUUGAGUACAGGAAGAAGACUGGGACGAAGAUUCCGUUCAUACGCUGAAAGCGACGAGGAGUGAAAUGGUCGACACAUGCACAAAGCGUGGAAGAGUACAGUGCCAGUCUUCGCGCAUGAUCGCAGCCCAGCAGCAUAGCAUAGACGUUGCAUAGUCACGAGCUCGUCUCGAAUGAAAGAG